AUGGAUCAAUCCUUGGAUCUGAAUUUCGAAUAUAUUGCUGCUCAUAUCAGUGAUUAUAUUCAAAACGAAAACUUUUUUGAUACAUUCGAUAUCAGCGAUAUCAAAACAAUCAUGAAAUAUUCAUGUUUUACCUUUGAUGAGUACAUUACUCUUCUGAAGCAGUCUUCACCAACUCUCACUGCCAAAGAAUUAUAUAUCAGUACUCGAAAAGCAAGUGUUACUAUCCAAAAUUUCGAAGAAGUCAUUUCAAUUCUGAAAUCUAUCAAAAAGUACAUGAAAUUCAAUACAUUUGAUGGAAUCAUUGAUUUUAUCAACGAAAACCAAAAGCAUUUGCUUGAUUCUACAGAAGAAACCAAAAAGCCUCAAACAGAAACACAAACUUUACAAAAUCAAAUACAAAAUUCUGCCAAUGAAACAACAGCCACUCGAACUAAUGAAUCACGCAACUAUCCUAAAGAAUUUUUAAACAAAAUCUCAUCACUUAAGAAAUCUGAUGAUUUUGAUAAAGUUUAUAAAUUCUUUGAAGAUCUUUCUUCUAAAAACAGUGGCGAAAUGACUUCAAAAGCUUGUGAAGAAGGACUUUGGUUAAAAAACUCAUCGGGGUAUGAAAAGAAUGUACUUCAUAUUGCAAGUGAAAAUGGAAAUCUUAAUCUUGUCAAAUUACUUAUUAAAGGUGGUUGUGAUAAAGAAUCAAAGUCUAAAUUUGGAGAAACACCACUCAUUUGGGCAUCAGCUAAUGGUCAUCUUGAAAUUGUUAAAUAUCUUAUCUCUGUUGGAGCUGAUAUAGAUGCAAAGACUAGAUAUGGAUGGACUCCACUAAUUCAUGCAUCAUAUAAUGAAUGUCUUGAAGUUGUUAAAUAUCUUAUCUCUGCUGGAGCUGAUAAAGAUGCAAAGACUAAAUAUGGAACAACUGCGCUUUCAUUUUCUAAGAAUAAGGUAAGAGACUUUCUAAUAUCUAUUGGAGCCAAGUAA